AUGAUCAGACGGCCCCCAACAUUCAUUGCCCUAGACGAAAAUGAUAUUGAAUCUCACCUGCAGCGGAUCUAUAUCCGGCAUACUCUAACUGUCGAAUUCGAGCAGCUGCACAUAGACGACGAAAGCUGCGAUGAGAUGGACCAAUCCCCCAGCUCCUGUGUCUCUUCGGAAUCCGAUGUGGACAUUGAUACCACAUGCCUGAGUCAAGAAGGAUCCUCGUAUUUUGAAUCUACUCCAAGAAACAGAAGCUAUGCUUCUACAGAUGCAAUUCCACACACUUCCGUGACAAAGUCCUGCCUCAAAUCCCCAAACUCAACCCAACAGUCCUCGCUAAAAGUGACAAUUUCCACCGGAGUACAAUCGCAAGCAGAUCGCUCUGUUGACCCACCGCGACUGAAGGUGAAAUUUGCUCUCUCACCGCAGGAACUGGAACUCCAUAGCGGUAAGGCCCCUCUUGAAGAAACAGAUCGUGAUCGUCGAGAAAACCACCAGCCAAGCCACACUGACGCUAUAUAUACACCCAUGUCUAUUGACUCGCCAGCUUCCACGCCACAGGUUUCAUUCUUGUCGUGUGGUGUGUCGUCAAGUCCGGCCACCGCAAGCGUCCCACUCCGGGACCUAACCUUAGCGUCUACGGUGUCUUACGAGGCAGUCUUGGCCGAGGGGGCAGUUUCGCCUGCUAGUGCGGCCAAUAACACUGGCGAGGAUCGUGCCUCUCACCCUAAAAUCGUCAUCUAA